UUUGAAUAUACGUGAUCACAAGACAUUUCUGCAUUGAAGGUGUGGAUCAAACAGCACGCGUUUUGAUCUCCGUAAUUCUACUGACUCGAAAUGGCUUUCAACAGAAACGACUUGAAGGUGAUCUCCAUCAUCCAGGUUAUUAUCUGUGGAGUGCUUUUCACCUUGGGGCUUGUUGAUGGACUCAGCGUGCGUUUUGCGAUUUCCAGUAUGACUUUUAUCCCCUGUUGGCUAGCGUUCCUUGUGUUGGCCGCUGGUAUCAUGGGAGUGACUUUAAGCAUCGCGCAAAGACCUUCCUUAACUCUGAUGAACGCCUUGCAGUCUGUGAGUGUAGCCUGUGCUGCAGUAUCAGUGAUAACCGUGUACCACUAUCUGGUAGCUUUGUCCAGUUUGAUGGGUUUGGUUUAUACCUCAACGCUAAGCAGAGGUUACUAUGAUAAGGAUCCCCUUUUCUUUGAUUGGGAUCAGCUGGCGAACAUAAAUUUUACCGCAAAGCAAAACUCUAUGGUGGCUGUUUCUUCCCUGAUCAUCAUAUGCUCCAUCAUUGAGAUCAUUCUUGCAGUGGCAGCCAUCAGGAGUAGUGAUAUUGGUGGUCAGAGCUCGCAGGAACAGCAAGUGGGCAUUUGCUAUGGUUCACUUGAAGCUUGUCAGGUGCCGAUCCAUAUGCAAGGGCAGCCGACCUCAGUUGCAACCCAACCACUGGUGGCUUUUCCAAAAUCAGGCGUUCGCCCGGUGUACACUACUAAUUAGUAGUUUCAGUCGAACCUAUCUUAAGCCGUCACCAUGUAAUAAGCUGUCAAUUGCAAUUGUUAAAGUCCCGGAUCUUUUAUCCCUUAAUCACUGUAAACUGUACCUAUAUUAAGCGGUCACAUCUAUUUAGCGGUCGCAGUCACCGUUUACUGAGUCCAAAUCGACUAUUUUUUAACUGUUUUUCACUUGUGUUGAACGGUCACUGAAAGCGGAACUACCCAUAUAAAACUAAAAAUACUAUUUUAAGUACUUUUUAAUCUUUUUUUU